UCUUGAAUUAAUAAUCAUUCUUCCAUAUUUUCCAUUAUUCCAAUUUGAAGCUUUCAGUUUUUUGGCUUAGCAACUUCUAUGUCAUAUUAUCCUGCAUAAAAAUGAAGUAUCAAUUUAAACACGCCCCAAAUGCCUGUAAAGUUUUCAUUAGCUUUCUUCGAUGUAACAAAGAGAAGGUCAGUCAUCAAAGUUACCUACUUGAGGGAUUUUUUUCUUUUCUUUUUAGUUGCUUUGAACUUUGGAACACAGUGAUUUUUGGGUGCACAGAGCACACAAAACUCUGGAAGGAUGCGUGCAGUUCUAAAGUGAGCUCUCCGGAGCAUGUGUUCUGCUUCCUUCCCUCCCACCCCUCCUCCAUUUGGUACCGCCUCUUCCAGGCACCCCGUAGCCAGCAGCUAGACAGCUGUAUUUGAUCAUAAACCACUUACAACUCCAGGCUCCCUUGAAGGGGAAACUUUAGCGGGAGCAGCACGGUACGUCUGCGCCCUGUUCUGUCUUCCAUCUCUGGGUAGGAUCUACGAGUGGGUUUGAAGAUCCAUAAACAAUUUCCAAGUGCAUUGAACUGCCUUUCUUUCCAAGCUAGCUGAAGCAGGAAAAGAAUGAAGGCACGAAACUGAACCGCGACUAUUUUAGCAGCCAGAAGAUUUUUUACAUCCUGCUUGCGCUCCGUCUGGCGGAGAGCUCUGCAAUAUUUUUAAUGAGUGUCUUGCAGCAACGAAUUGUUUGUGAAACGGCAGGCAGAUUUCUUUUUGUCUCUGUUUAGACAGACUGCAUUAUCAAUUUCUAGGGGUCUAAAUGUUCAGCGAAAAUGGCUGUCUAGUGCAAAAAGUGCAAGACGGAAAAAGCUCAGAUGCGAAGGGGGUAUUGAAUUUUCUGGAGCUUUUUAAAACCUUAACAUCUAUAGACAGCGGUCAAGCCCCGGUGAAAGUCUAAUCAUGAAUUCUGGAGUUGCCAUGAAAUAUGGAAAUGAGUCUGCAGAACUAAGCGAGUUCCACUUAGCAGCCCUGGCAUCUUUGAAAGGCGACAUCGUUGAUCUUAAUAAGCGCUUACAGCAAACAGAACGAGAGAGAGAUUUGUUGGAAAAGAAAUUGGCAAAAGCCCAGUGUGAGCAAUCUCACCUAAUGAGAGAGCAUGAAGAUGUGCAAGAGCGUACAACGCUUCGUUAUGAGGAACGGAUCACAGAGCUUCAUAGCAUUAUUGCAGAGCUAAAUAAGAAAAUAGAUCGACUGCAAGGAACUACUAUAAGAGAAGAAGAUGAAUAUUCUGAAUUGCGAUCAGAACUUAGUCAGAGUCAACAUGAGGUCAAUGAUGAUUCACAUAGCAUGGACCAAGAUCAGACCUCUGCUUCCCUUCCAGAAAACCAGUCAACUAUGGUCACAGCUGACAUUGAUACCUGUAGUGACUUGAACUCUGAAUUGCAGAGAGUGCUGACAGGACUGGAGAAUGUUGUCUGUGGGAGAAAGAAGAGCAGCUGUAACUUGUCUGUGGCAGAUGUCGACAGGCAUAUUGAACAGCUCACGACUGCCAGUGAACAUUGUGACUUAGCCAUUAAGACAGUUGAGGAGAUUGAAGGUGUGCUUGGGCGAGAUUUGUACCCAAAUUUGGCUGAAGAAAGGUCCCAAUGGGAGAAGGAACUGGCAGGUUUAAGGGAAGAGAAUGAAAGCUUAACGGCUAUGCUGUGCAGCAAGGAAGAAGAAUUAAACAGAACUAAGGCCACCAUGAAUGCUAUCCGUGAAGAACGAGACAGAUUACGCAGAAGGGUCAGAGAACUACAGACUCGAUUACAGAGUGUCCAGGCAACAGGCCCAUCAAGUCCAGGUCGCCUCACUUCUGCAAACCGUCCCAUUAAUCCUAGUACUGGAGAAUUAAGCACCAGCAGCAGUAGUAAUGACAUCCCCAUUGCUAAGAUUGCGGAGAGAGUUAAGCUUUCAAAGACGAGAUCAGAAUCUUCAGCAUCUGACCGUCCUGUCCUGGGAUCAGAAAUCAGCAGCAUAGGAGUAUCCAGUAGUGUGGCAGAACACCUGGCACAUUCGCUUCAAGACUGUUCCAAUAUUCAAGAGAUUUUUCAAACACUCUACUCACAUGGAUCUGCUAUCUCUGAAAGCAAAAUUAGAGAAUUUGAAGUAGAAACAGAACGGUUGAACAGUCGCAUCGAGCACUUAAAAUCUCAGAAUGAUUUAUUGACAAUAACUCUGGAAGAGUGUAAGAGCAAUGCUGAAAGGAUGAGCAUGUUGGUUGGAAAAUAUGAAUCCAAUGCCACAGCCCUCAGGCUGGCAUUGCAAUACAGUGAACAGUGCAUUGAAGCCUAUGAGCUGUUGCUAGCAUUGGCUGAAAGUGAACAAUCUCUUAUUCUUGGACAAUUCAGAGCUGCAGGUGUUGGGUCUGUCGGGGAUCAAACAAGGGAUGAAAGCAUCACCCAGAUGCUUAAAAGAGCCCAUGACUGUAGGAAGACAGCUGAGAAUGCAGCCAAGGCCCUGUUGAUGAAAUUGGAUGGAAGCUGUGGGGGAGCCUAUGCAGUUACUGGCUGUAGUGUACAGCCCUGGGAGAGUCUUUCUUCCAACAGUCAUACCAGUACGACUAGUUCAACAGCAAGCAGCUGUGAUACAGAGUUCACAAAGGAGGAUGAGCAGAGAUUGAAGGACUACAUUCAACAGCUAAAAAAUGAUAGAGCAGCUAUUAAAUUAACCAUGCUGGAGCUGGAGAGCAUCCAUAUUGACCCGCUCAGUUAUGAUGUCAAGCCUCAUGGAGACAGCCAAAGAUUGGAUCUAGAAAACGCUGUACUUAUGCAGGAACUCAUGGCAAUGAAGGAAGAAAUGGCAGAACUGAAAGCACAGCUGUACUUGCUAGAAAAAGAGAAGAAAGCUCUCGAGUUGAAGCUGAGCAGUCGAGAAGCUCAGGAACAAGCAUAUUUGGUUCACAUUGAACACCUCAAGUCAGAAGUAGAAGAGCAAAAAGAACAGAGAAUGAGAUCUCUCAGCUCAACUAGUAGCAGCAGCAAAGACAAGUCAAGUAAGGAGUGCACAGAUGGCACAUCAGCAUCAUUAACACUAACUGAGCUCAAAUCUUACAAUGAAAGUGAGCUGACUACAGAAUUGGCAAAUGCCCUCAGACGAGAAAAGAAACUGAAAGGCAGAGUGCAGGAGUUGGUGAGUGCCUUAGAAAGACUAACUAAGAGCAGCGAAAUUCGGCAUCAGCAGUCUGCAGAGUUUGUUAAUGACUUGAAAAGAGCAAACAGUAACCUUGUGGCUGCCUAUGAGAAAGCAAAGAAGAAGCACCAAAACAAGCUGAAGAAACUGGAAUCCCAGAUGAUGGCAAUGGUAGAAAGACAUGAGACUCAAGUCAGGAUGCUCAAACAAAGAAUUGCUUUGCUGGAAGAAGAGAAUUCAAGACCCCAUACCAAUGAAACAUCCCUUUAAGAGAGAUUAGUUUUCUUGAAAUCAAUGUGCCAUUACAAAAAUGACUUUUUACAAGACUCAUUGAGAUUGUAAACACAGUUGUGAAUUGAUACAAAUCAGGCAAAGUUAGAGAUCAAUACCUCAUGGUGAGAUUGCAACUUCAGCAAUACACAGCCAUGGGCAGGAGCCCCCAAACUAAUGUUUUUGUAUAGUUGAACAUACUCAGUGCCUGUUGGUAAAUGUAUCAGUUUAUCACAUUUCCAAUGUAAUAGUUUUACUGAUAUUAUUACAGAUUCUCUUAUAAAUUUCAAAUUUGUAUGAGUAAAGUCUAUUCCUCUACUCUUAAUUGUUGAACACACUCUUUGGAGUCUACCAUAAAAAUGAGGCAAUGCUGGAACACCAGCGCACUCAUAGCUAUCAGUUGGAUAACAGCAUUUUCCCAUUUUCUUUUGUCAUUCAUUCUGCAUUCCCCCUUACAAUGUAAAGUAGAUAUCUGAAGCCAGCCUCUAGGUACACAGCAUAAUCAAGUAUUAGCAUACAAUUGGCUUUUAGGGGAACAGGAAUUACUCUUGCUUUUUCAAGUGAUAGGAAAUCACAAUAAAUACUGCAGAUAUAUAGUUAUUGCAGUGAUGAAGGUAUAAGUUGCUAAAUAGAUGAUGUAACUCAAAUCAAAAGGAAGAUGUAGUAGAAAGGUGAUUUUAAAGUGGGCUUUUGAAGACUAAAUUAGUUCUAGCUUUUUGCUUUUCAUUAAAUAGCAUAAGAAUAUGGGAAAUAGAAAAAUUUUAUGUCAAACCAACUGGAAUAACUUCUUCCACACUAUAACUAUUUUUCUAUCUGAUACAGUAGUGCCAUUUUUAGGAUGUGCCCACUGAAAAUGUCCCAGCAUUAUGUUGCAUGGUUUGGUAAACCUGCAGUUUGCCAUAUCAGUCAGUCAUGGGAAUAGAAUCUAUGGUAAUUCUGAGACUAACCAUCUAGUGUAGGAUUUCUCAAACAUGGCAAUUGUAAGAUGUGUGGACUUCAUCUCCCAGAAUUCAUGUUUGGGAAACACUGGUUUAUUGUCUAAAGACAAGCUAUUUCACUGCUGCUAUCCAUCAUAAAUAUGAGGUUGUUCUUAAUUUGUAGCAGUUAGGCAUUUAUUAAAGAGACAAAGGAGUAUAUUGCUGGACAAUGUCUAAUCCUUUGUACUCUGUAUAUAAAUUACAUGGGAGUUGCAAAAUAUUCUAGAAUGGUGUGUGUAUGGGACUAGAUCCAUAAAACAAAUUCAGCUGUUUAGUUCCAAACAAUAUUCCACUUUGCUCAUUUUACUUUAUUUUCUGAUUGAAACCAGCAUAAAAUGUUAAGGAAUGUGCCUGAUUAAAUGAAUGUAAAUGUACUUCCCAAGAAAUGUUUUGGGAACACUAAUUUCCAGCGGGGAUCAGUUAUGAUGCUAAUACUAUCCCUUAACUCAGUAAAUCAUAUCAAUUAGAAGAUAAUGCUGUAUUAUGUCCCUUAAAUUUUAAAGCCUUUUUAAAUUGAAAUGCCUUUCUGUUCUAUUUUUCUUUUGUGAUAUAGCAUAAGCGCAGCAAUAAUUCUUUUUUCUUUAGUCUGCUGUAUAGAUGUCAUUGGACAUUAACGUUUUAAGGAUAAUCCUCAAUUGUGGCAGAUGCUAUGCUGUGGUGCCUUCCUUUUAGAAUGGUUUCUCCUUGCAUUGAUUCUUGGAAAGACUACAAGAAAACCAAUAGUCUACCAAUCUCUUCUUAGUCUCUUCAGCGUUCUUUCACAUUUAGUCUUUGUAGGUGAUUUAAUAUGCUUUUUAAUCGAACUAAAAUUGUACUUACUCCUAUCUCCUUUAUACUGAAGAUCAGCAUCUAAUCAUGUUUUCAAAUGAACCAAGUUAGCUAGGCCUAACCUGCAUUGUUUUAUUAGGAUUACUUAGAAACAUUAAAUUAUCUCAACUUGGAGUUGUCCAAAAUAAGAACUAUGUAAGAGUUUAUUUUCAAUAAACCCUGUGCAUUUGAAUUUGGUAUAGACAGAACAUUCCAGAUUGCCUUUUCCAAAAGUGGAGUUUAAAAAAUACAGUGUCCCAUCCCUGCUCCUGUACCAUGCAGUCUUCUAAGCUCUUGCCUCAUGAGUGUCUGAGCUUAUCUCUAUGACAGGUUUGGGAAGGAAAGGAUAGGGCAGAAAAACAUCCCUUGAAGCUGGCACUGAUUAAUUCCAUCUUUUUCAUCCAAUAGACAAAAAUGGCCUUCUCCUCACCAAUGUGAUCAUGACAGAUGUUGACUAUGAUAUCCUUCACCCGUGAUUCUCCCCAUCUCCAUGUGACACUCCAUGUGAGCAGGUUAUUGCUCUGCAAGUGAUUCACAUUAGGCUUCAUUGGGGCCAGUUUUCUUGCCUUUUUUCUGUUUGGCAUUUUUCAACAUAGUACAUCUGUUUUACGAUAAAUGCUAUGAUUGUUAGGCAAAACUACACCAACUCCAUUAUCUAAGCAAAUCAGAUAAUUCUAAGCAAGAUUUUUCAUGGAGAAUAUAGUAAAAGGUUAGGGGAAUUCAUCUCUUUGGUUCCUUUUUUCUUCGCAAAUUGUAAACCACAAGUAAGUCUGAAAAAGAUUAUUCAUUCCCAUUUUAAAAUUUCUUAUUGCAUGAUUUAGCAUUUUUUUAUAAUAGUAUUUUAUCAUUGUAUUUAGGGUAGUCUAAUUUUCUCAAUCAUUC